AGCCCUAAGGUGGAAACAAAAAAGCUGAAUUCUUCCCGUAAACAGGUUUGACUGCACAGUCAUACAUAAACAUUUUUCAUUUGAUUUAUUAACAUGUUUUUAUUUGUACAUUUAUUUAUUUACAUUUUCUUUAAAUGUGCUUAUAUAUCUUUUAUAUUUGUCAGAAAUAUGUAGAGUUAUCCGGAUCACGUGGAUGCGGUGUGCCCCACAGAUUGAUUUAUUGGACUCAGCGGGCGUCGAGAAGGAAGGGCGGUUAUUUUUCUUUUUAUCUCUGUUGAGAUUAGAUAUCGAUUUUUUGCACCUUCCCAGCCUGCCAUCCCUUAUUAGAAAGGCUCCCGGCCUCAGAGAGAAAAGUCGCCAUUCAAGCCGCGAAGAAUCAUUUGCAGACGGCCGUAAAAUAAGAAGAGUUGUUGCCCUUUAACUGCACUGUGGUCUAUUGGAUGUUUGUUGUAGGUCAUCAAUAACAGGAUGCUUCCAGUGGAUGUUUACUCCCUUUGACUGGUGUCAUCUGUGUUUGAGAGACGGCUUCGGUGGUGUGUUUGUGUCACAUGGAGCUGCACGGCCACCAGGAGCUGACAGCUGACACGGGAACAAUACCCAGCCAUACGCACUUAAGUACUUGAUAAUGAGAGCGCCUUUAAAACUCCGAUGGAACCCUAUUGGGUCGUCUAAAGUGAUGAAGCGCUGAACUCCACAGGUGCCUUUGGGAGUGCUGAAUUGGAAGUCUUUGCAUUUUGAGUUGCAAUUUCCAGAGUCAUAAUGUACGGCCUGCUGUGCGAGAGCCUCCAUGAUUUCAUCAAGGAGUCGUACGGGGACGACGUGUGGAAGCUGGUCAGAGAGAGGGCGGAUGUCAGGCUGCACUCCUUUGUCACGCACCAGGUGUAUAGCGAGAGUGUGAUUCCCCGGAUUGCAAAGGCAGCCAGCGGAGUAACGGGAACACCCUACAAUGAGCUGAUGAACUCCUGGGGCGUCUACUUCCUGGGCUUUGUGGGGAAGUACGGCUAUGACAGGAUCCUCAAGGUGCUUGGCCGCCAUGUCCGUGACUUUGUUAACGGCCUGGACAACCUCCACGAGUAUCUGCGUUUCAGCUACCCCAAAGUCCAGCCCCCGACUUUCUUCUGCCAGGAAGAGUCGGCCACGGGAGUCACCCUGCACUACAGGAGUAAGCGCAAGGGCUACCUGCACUACGCCAUGGGUCAGCUGAGGCAGAUGGGCAAGCAGUUCUAUGACACAGACAUCCAUGUGGAGGUGCUGUCUGAGCAGAUGGUAGGAGACUACUCUCAUGUCACCAUGAGGUUGAACUUUGACAACUCUGCUUACCGCUACAUCAUGAAGGAGGACGAAGAAGAGCAGGAGAUCCUGCCAAUCACCUCCGAUUUCUUCUUUGAGGUCUUUCCUUUUAACAUCGUCUUCAGACAGGACAUGGUGGUGCACAAUGUUGGCUCCGGCUUAGCGACAGUCUUCCCUGAUUUGGAUGGAAAGAAGAUCAACGAUGCCUUCCUGCUGGCUCGCCCCCUGGUGGAGUUCACAUGGAACAUGAUCAUCUCCCAUCCCAACAACUUGUUUGAGAUCAUGUCCAAGGAACCCGUGAAGAGAGAGAGGAAUCUCCACAACCGAGUCCAGAAUUCCGACUAUGAAAAUGCCAACCGUUCCGCUGAUGUGGAUGUGGAGCUCAUGGCUUUCCAGUCCAUCAUAGGGGACGAUUAUAAAGACGGGAACAGCGCUAACGCCAUGGAGAGCUGGGGCGACGGGAGCCGUUGCCUGAAACUGAAAGGACAAAUGAGAUACAUGCCUGAGUGGGAGUCCAUCAUCUUUCUGGGAACUCCUGUGAUGGAGAGCCUGAGUGCUAUGUUCAAGACAGGCCUCUACAUCAAUGACCUAAGCAUGCACGACUCCAGUCGGGAUUUGGUGCUGGCGGGCACACAGCAGUCGGAGGAGCUGAAAAGAGCACUCAUACAGGAGCAAAAGAAGUCCAGCAAGUUGGAAGAGAGCAUGAAGAUGCUGGAUUACGAGAUGAAGAAAACCGACGACCUUCUGUACAGAAUGAUUCCCAAGCCGGUGGCUAAGCGGCUGCGUAAGGGAGAGCCGGCUGUAAACACUUGUGAGGUGUUCCCAGAUGUCACCAUUCUUUUCAGUGACGUGGUGGGAUUCACUCGCAUCUGCAGCCACAUUACCCCCAUGCAGGUGGUCUCCAUGCUGAACACCAUGUACACGCUCUUUGACACACUCAGCGAGAAGCACAGAGUCUUCAAGGUUGAGACCAUUGGGGAUGCCUACAUGGUGGUGGCAGGGGCACCGGAGAAGACUAAAUAUCACGCGCACAACAUUUGCGACAUGGCGUUGGACAUGGUGCGCUCCAUCGAUCACCUGAAAGACCCCUCAAAUGGAAACAAUAUACAGAUUCGUGUUGGCAUCCACUCCGGGAUGGUAGUCGCAGGUGUGGUGGGACACAAGAUGCCACGUUACGGUCUUCAUGGCGACACGGUGCACACGGCGUCGGCUAUGGAGAGCAACGGAAAGGAGAUGCAUAUUCAGCUCAGCAGUGCCACCUACGAGCACCUGAAAGGAAGCCACUUUAUUUUUGAAAGAAGGGGCAUCAUUACCAUCAAGGGCAAUGUUGAGAUUGAGACCUACUGGCUGAAAGGAAAGCGGGACAAGGACGGCAACGCUCAAGCAGCGUGUCCUCAGUUUGAGACCCAAACCAUCAGUAAGGCCAUCAGCAAGGCCACCCUCACCGGGCCUGAAGCCACAGGCGAUGAGGAAGGACUGGUGUUCCCACUGGUGGCGGGUGAGGAUGAGGACGACGUCAAGUCCAUUCACUCUCAUCGCAUCAAGAUGGAAAUUUCCGGCCAUUCCCUGGAGGAGUCCAUGGAGGAGUGUCGGGUGGAGGAGUUGUCAGUUCAUAAGUCCCACUACAAAGACACUUUGCAGGACGGCCUGGAGGACGCUCACCUGGAGCUGGAGUCACCAGAGUCUGACGGCAGGGACUCCAUCACGGGGUCACGUGACAGCUCUUGUGACUCCCGCUGCUCCAAGAGCGCCAUGUGUUCCGUGUCUUGAACUCUCACAUGCUAACAUAUACUGUAGAUGAUGGCAACCUGAUGCUAGCUGAUGCUUAUUUUUGUGUACGACUCAAAACCCCGAUAUCUGAUAAUGUUGGAUUAUUUUUUUGGUUGCACUAUAGACUGAAACCUUUCCUAGUAGCAUGUGGCAUUUUACCGCAUAGCUAAAUCAUACCUAUUGGUUUAAUUUGCAUAGAAAUAAAAGUUUUCGCACCAAAAAGUGUUGACUGCCAUGUGGUUGAGCACAGCUUUACUCUAGCUUUGU